AUGGCAGACGUGAGGCCGAGCCCAGGAUACACAGAUGCCAACCGAGCGUUUUUGCAAUCCUUUCUCGCGCGAAAUAUCCUGACACUGGAGACGGCCAAACCCAUCAUCGCAGCGAUCUCUACAUUUCGAGAAGGACGUGAAGUCCAGCCUCAAGAUGUCACGGUGGAAGACCUGAACGACUACAUUUCCCAGGCGAAUCGAAAACUGUCUCCUCUUGAUCUUGAGAUCCGGAGCACCUUCCACCAACAAACCCGAGAGAGAUUCUACGCGCUGGUCAACACCACGAGCGACUCUCUGACGCAACUCGCGACAACCUACACCGCGGACGAGAUCAUCUAUGUCAAGAAGUUGCUCGAUGCAAUGUUCGACGGGCAGAACAACAAGGGCCGGCGUGAAGCCAUGUGUCUGAGCGGCAUCGAGGCCAUCCAGGUUGGAAGAGCACAGAACAGACGCGAGACGCAGAACGGCAAUGCGACACAGUCGACGGCCGGCAUCCUUGGUGCUAGGGAUGCUGAGGCCAUGCUUGGCAAGUUGGUGGAUGAGGGCUGGUUGGAGAAGAGUAGACAGGGCUUCUACAGCUUGAGUCCGCGGGCGUUGAUGGAGUUGAAGGGUUGGCUGGUCGACACGUAUAACGACGAAGAUGAAGAUGGCCACAGACGAGAAAAGAUCAAGUUCUGCCAUGCAUGUAAAGAAAUCAUUACGGUGGGCCAACGGUGUCCGCGGCGCGAAUGUCCUUGUCGUCUCCACGACAUCUGCACACAGAACUUCUUCCGCAUGCAACGCUCUCAGACGUGUCCUCUGUGCAAAACCGAAUGGGAUGGACAACAUUACGUCGGGGAGAAGGCUAUCACUACCUCGGAAAGCUAUCAGACUGGUCGACGACGAAGCGGACAAAGACCGCGAGCGGAACCCACGACAGAAGGUGCCGAAGACGAUAAUAGUUGA